CUCCUAAACUGGGUGCCUCUCUUCCUCAAGUUAUUAGCCACUCCACUUCUCUCUCGAUCGAAGUCGAAGCACAAACCUACUGCCCUCCCACCUCGUCCCACUGCACGUCGUCUGUGUGCUACUCGAUCGUGUGUCGCGCCCUGCUGCGCACAAACACAACCUUCCAAGAACCAAAGAUUCCAAUCUGAACCAACGUUCUUCUUCACCUAACCAGCAGUUCGAUCGAUCGAUGGAGGGGAGCAGCAAUAGCCCGGACAGGCAGUCGUCGGGCGGCAGCCCAGAGGAGCGCGGAAGCGGUGGUAGCGGAGGCCGGGGCGGCACCGGGGAGCCGGUGCGGUCGCGGUGGACGCCCAAGCCGGAGCAGAUACUGAUCCUCGAGUCCAUCUUCAACAGCGGCAUGGUCAACCCGCCCAAGGAUGAAACCGUCCGCAUCCGCAAGCUGCUCGAGCGCUUCGGCGCCGUCGGGGACGCCAACGUCUUCUACUGGUUCCAGAACCGCCGCUCCCGCUCGCGCCGCCGCCAGCGCCAGAUGCAGGCCGCCGCCGCCGCGGCCGCCGCUGCGGCAGCGGCCAACAGCGCUCCCGCGGCUAGCGCCACCGCCGGCGGCCUUCCUUCUGGCGCUCUACAAUAUCCCUUGGCCAUGGGCGGCGGCACCGCCUGCCAGUAUGAGCAGCAGGCGAGCUCCUCCUCGUCGUCGGGGAGCACUACUGGGGGCUCGUCUCUUGGCCAGUUCGCGCUCGGAGCCGGGGUGCCCGGCACCGGCGGCGGUGGGUACUUCCAGGCGUCGUGUGGCGCUUCGUCGCCACUGGCGACUGGGCUGAUGGGGGACGUGGACAGCAGCAGUGGCGGCAGCGACGAUCUCUUCGCCAUCUCCAGGCAGAUGGGGUUCGCGGCGACGAGCCCCGUCGCCUCGGCCUCGGUGGCGCCGCCGAGCACCACCGCACACCAGCAACCGUAUUACUCAUGCCAAUCGCCUGCAGCGACGAUCACGGUGUUCAUCAAUGGAGUCCCAAUGGAGGUUCCCAGGGGUCCAAUAGACUUGCGAGCCAUGUUCGGCCAGGACGUGAUGCUCGUCCAUUCCACCGGGGCCCUCCUCCCAGUCAACGACUAUGGAAUUCUAACGCAGAGCUUGCAGAUGGGUGAAAGCUAUUUCUUGGUAGCAAGGCCAACUUAAAACUACCCGCACGUAGCUAGAUUGUAGCGCAGUCUGCCGGUCUCGACUUGAUAUUCAUCGGUUCAGAUGGGAUGCAGUUCAUGAUCAAUCAAGAUGGGUCGUCUGCAAGCAAACGAUAUAUCUGUUCCUCGUCCAUAUAUAUAGUCCUUCGAGAAGAAAAUUUAGCUAGCACCAAGAAAAUAUAUGUAUUAUAUUGCACCUCAAGAAAGUACCUACAUAUCUCCUUAAAACAUAAGAAAACUUACGUGGGAGGUUAAGUUUUCCGAUUGGAUUAUGAGUUACAAUAUUGGUGUUCUCUCUCGCGCACCAUUUUCUUUACAAGGAUAUGCAUGUGAAUGCAUGCAUGAAAUUCAUUUUAGCUAGACAGUUGGACCUUUGUAAUGAUUUAAUUUAUAACUGUGUAAUGAUGUAUGUCUAUAUAUGUCGGUUGGAUCUUGCU